AUGAACAGUGAGGUGGAACCAUUCAGAAAGAACUUGACAGAAUGCGCUCGGCAAGUAAAAGCUUCAAUGGUGGACGUAGAGAAUUUCUUAAAAAGAAUACCGCAAUCAACAACGCAGGGUAAAUGCUUUGUCGCUUGUAUCCUUAAGCGUAAUGCAAUUAUAAAAAACAAUAAAAUCACACAAGAAACUCUUUUAGAAGUUAAUAGAGCUGUUUAUGGAGAUGAUAGUGAAGUAAUGGAUCGACUAAAAUCAGCAAUCACUGAAUGCAUUAACGUCGUUGAAGGUAUUUUUGAGAUAUGUGAGUAUGCAUCUGUAUUUAAUGACUGCAUGCAUAUAAAAAUGGAACAUAUUUUGGAUAAAGUAACUAUGGAGAGACGGAUGGAAGCAUUAGGUCAAAUGACAUCAAAUCCCGACGAAUGGACUGACGAAGAAGAUGAAAUUUUAAAGUUGGUAAAGGAUGAACUUUAG